AUGCGGCGAGGAAUCUGGGACUUUUGGGCAACUACAGUCGCACAAAACGAAAACACCAAAAUGAACCUGAUCGAUGCAAACAGUGUAAAACUCUUGGAAGGUCUCGCUCCGGGCAUAAGCGAGGCAGACAGAACAACAGUUACUGGCCUUGUGUUGAGCGGGAAAGCUUUGGAAGAUUUCUCUCCAGACGAACGCAAGGCGAUCUGCGAACGCAUGCGAAGCUACAAGGGACGCAUUCCAUCAUUGAGCCUCUUCUUCCAGGAUGUGCUGAUUCUUGAACUCGGUGCCGCACGAGUCAAAAGGUUAGUCGACAGAUCUAAACGGUGGGGCCCGCGUGACAUCGAGAUGGGUGACUACCAAGAGCGGAAGCAAACGCUUCGAGAAAGGAUGGAGCAUAUGUUUCGGUGCCGUGACACAGACAGCAUCAUGGUCCAAACAUCAGACGGAGAAGAACGCGAGGUCACUGGAGAUGGAGAAUUCCAGUUUGACCUGGCGUAUCGACAGUUGUGGCUGUGCGCUUUGCGAAGCUGCAGCGGCAGCCCAGGAGAGGGCCACAGGCCUGCAACUGUCUGCCGCUCGUGGACUCAUCCUCACGAGCAAUACAAGCUAGCUCAGCUUGCCAGGGCCCUGGGCUUUAGGUCAAACAGUAUAAGUCGACUCGCGAGCCGUCCCUUUGAGCCGGAAUACCCCCCUUGGUACGAAUUUGACGAUAGGGGUAGAAACCCUGCGCUCAAGCGUUGCGGCAUUCCCUACACUAUCACCUUUCGAGAGGAUAGGGAAACGCUCUUCCUGGACCGGAUUCAUCAGGAAGCAUCGGAAUAUGAGGAGCUGGACUCGGCCUUCGUUCUCCGCGACAUAUACCUUUCAUUUUUCGGCGACCUGCCAUCGUCGGUGUUGGAAGGUCCUCAAAGACCUAGAAGGCCUCGUGAUGGUCAAUCCCCUGAAGUUGGGCCAUUGCCCACAUUAGGAGCGGAGAACCGACCUUCAUCUGGAGCGGCUCCAUCAUCUACGACAAUGCCUUCAUCCACCACGACGCGUAGGCCGACGUCCCAGCGAGAGACUGGACACCCAGCGACACCAGCGACACCAGCAACGCCAGCCGCCGACAUGAAUCCGCAGGUUAAUUCAGAAAGAGAGCAGAGUGCACCCAGCCCAUUGAUGCAUAGUGAGGACAUCGAAGAGCUCAGUACCCGUCCAACAAUACCGUCGGAGACUACGGGAGCAACAACCAUGCCACCAACCGAGCCUCCUGUGGCGCCCGGAGAAACUCGGGAUUGGAGCCCCGAGUUAAUGGCCUUGAUGAACGACUUACGCAAACUGCGAGAUGAUAUUGAUAACCUCAGUACUCGGCUUGACAAUCCAAAAUUCACCGAUCAACAAAGCGCUAUCAUUGAGUUGCGUAAGCUGGAUACUGCUACUGUUGAAUCUACGGACGAAGAGACGCGUCAGAAGUUGGGAACAAUCUACGCCGAAGUCAACAAACGAUGCAUGGAUAUACAAAGCGCAAGAUCACACAUCCAUGUAGCUAAAGUCGAGGUGGGAAGCGAAAUAAGUAAACUGACAGCAUUCAAACAGAAUGGGGAAGAGAAAUCCCAGGAAACAACGCAAGUUGCCCAGGCACUCCGGAGUGCUCAAGCUGUCUUCGAUUCUUCGCAGGGGAAAUAUGAGGAGCUGGAUAGGUUUCUGAGAGAUGUCACGCCCCGGAUACGACCCCUGCAGCAGCAGAUUGCGGGUAUCAAAGUCUACUUGUUGGGGAAGUGUCUGAUUGACUUGCAUCAUCAGUACGAAAAUUGCUCCUCGGAUAUCGAUACUAUCAGACAAUCAGUGGCGGAUCUAAACACAAAACUCCACCCUCAAAGGCCAGCCUCACAUGAAACAGAUGUCACAAUAUUGAAUGACAUUAAAGAUAAUGCAAUCACCAAGGUCAAUGUGAUAUGGCGAGAACUAGACGCUGUACGUGGAGCGUUCCAAGAGGCUGGGGAAAAGCCUCGCUCACUUAAUCCACUAGAGUGCGAAAGUCUGCAACAGAAUUCAGCAACAAAACUCGAGACUCUCAAAGCGGAAACGGAAAAAGCACUUACGAUAUCAAAAAAGCAGAUCCAAGAUGUUAAACAAAGGCUACAGACGGGGUACGCGAGAAUCGUUCUGCUCGCAAAGGAGGCAGUCAAAUCUGAGCUGGACUCGGAGAGAACUACGCUCAAAAAUAUGAAAUCAGACUACGAAGGCGUUCACAGUUCUAUUGAGAGGAUUCGCAGCUCCCUUGAGAACAACCAAGACAGCCUCAAACAGAACAUUGAACACAGUAUGCUGCAGGGAUUGAGUGAUCUUAUAGACAACGGUACUCUAGACGGUAUCUCCCGAUCACUACAAACCAUGCAGAAAACACAUGACAUCAACGUGGGUCAACUAGAUAACAGCGCCAUAUCCUUGGAAGUACCCCUUGACACGCAGGCAAAGAUCUGCGACAAAUACGUGGGUAUCCGCACAGAAAUCACCAACAGGAAGAAGGAACGGGAUAUUCUUCGUGAAAGUGCGCAGGAGUACUGCGUGCAAAUGGCCAAGACCCUGCAAUUAGCAGUUUCCUCCCAGUUGGAAAAAGUCCAGUUGAAGGCUUCCGAAACCACAACACAACUACGAGUGAUGAGGGACGCUGAGAGCUUGGCCGCAGCCAAGCAAGCUUUGGAAUCAGCGAAGCAGGCGGCAGAUGAAUCUACACGUCUGGCUAAACAAGUGGAGGCUCUCGCUGGGCUAUCAAAUGAAGACGGGCCACCUGAUCUCCGUAAUCACUGUGAAAAAGGAGCAAGCGACGCAACAACCUCAGCAAAAGAAGCACAAUCUGCAGCUAAGACCGGGCAGCUAUUCGUGAAUGCUUGGGGGGAGGCCAACCAGAAGAUGGACAAUUUCCUACAGAGCGCCAACAAGUGGAAAGACCUAUCAGCCACGCACAGUGAGCCAGUUAUGUCCCAGUGGAUGCCUACCCAACGUCACGGUGCUGUAAAAGAAGCUCUUAAUCGAGUGUCAAAUCUGGCACUCAAAACAUGUAGUCUUCGCAAACAAAUGAGAAGUGAGGUCCUUUCCAUACCCAACAGUCUCUGUGACAGUGAUCAGCCACGGUUAGCGGAGCUGGUGAAUCUUCGUGUUCCUGAAUUUGAAAAGGCAACGCUAGAGACACUGACUACUGCGUUUGGUCUUUUCUACUGUGUAACCCAAAGGACAGGUGAUUACACGAAAUCAAAAAUGACGGAAAUCGAGAAUUUUUCAACCUCGGCCACUGAAGCAAUCGAAAAAGCUGACAGAAAUAAAUGGUUGAUCGUCGACCGUGAUGCUCGGAAAGCAAAGGAAUACUUAGACAAAGCUGUCGAAUUGGCGGAAAGGGGAAUGAAUGAAGCUGAUCGUUUGAAGAAAGCCACGGUCGAUCAGGAAGGUUCCAAAGGGGCAAUACCUGAACUGGCUCUUCAGCACGUUACGCAAACGAGGGAAUGCCUGAAAUUUGGGAAAGACAACCAAGCUGAAGCGCGUCAGAUGCUCCAGGACAUUCAAAUCAGUUGGUCGAGAGCUUUGGCUUCUAAGAAAAAGGAAACAGCACAAGCUGAGUAUGAUCGCGCUCGGAAAACUGUCGACAGUAUUCAACCGAAUCGUUCACCCAGAGAUGCUGAAAUAAUCCGGAAUGCUUUCAAGACCAUGGAAGACCUCUUCAAAGGCACUCAGCAGGAUUUUGAGAAAUGUUGUGGGCCUAACGAUAGGUUCGAAGAGAUUGCUGAUCAGUUUGCGAGCGUGACAAAUAGAGCGAAGUCAGUCAUCAAGGGUGCGGAAGCAGUGCUCAGAAAGCGAACUCUUACCUCUGAACAGCACCCAGCGGGUGACCCAUCUACGUUACGAGACAAAUCGGGGGGGAAACGGAGCCGAGUUGGGGAACCCCCUCGACGCAUGACCCGCACCCAACGGAAGCACCAAUACGUGUUCAUUAUCAAGACUAUUGGUGGAAAACCCACCGCAAAGUGGGAGAGAGAACUUCAUUCUACUGAGGCAGGGAGAGUACUCCAAAAGGGUCGGGAACUCUGCGCGCGUGGCACACUCUGCGCACUAAAUGGAGACUUAACGAAGCUUGGCUCCCUGAACCCUUCAGGGUUCGAGACCAAUAUUGUCGACGGCGGAAAAGUCUUUUUCCUUGGAACAGAGGUCGAACUUGAGGGAGUCGACUUUGACUUACUGCUCAAAAAGGCCCAAGAGUGCUAUGAAAGCUGCCCCUAG